AUAAAGCUGUAGACCUCAAGCAAUGUUCUGCUCAGUUCUUGCUUAAACUUCAAGCACGGUCUAAGAUACCAAAGGUAAUGUUGAAUGGGAUUGUGGAAAGUACUAGCAACUUAAUUGAGCAAGUAAAAGAACACCUAAAACAAAAGGUAUUGAAUUGUGUAGAAAACGGUGCUGACAAAUUGACUGAGGAAUCCGUUGAAGAAAUUUUCAAUUCUUUCGAGGACCCAUUUAGCAAACUUAAAACAACUUACUUGCAGUCUUCAUUUUUGGAAAGCAGCGUCAACUUUAUCAAACCAAUCCAAUAUGUCCUGUCCACUAGAAUCACAUAUAAAAACAAGGGCUCAAAGCGUCUUAUUUGUGAACAAGAUGACACAAUGGUGUAUAUUCCCAUUCUUGAUAGUCUACAGCAACUCUUGUCAAAUUCAAAGAUAGCAGAUGUUAUAACCGCACCACGCCAAGUAUGCAAAGAAGGUUUUUUAUUUGACAUUUGUGACGGUGAAUGUAUAAAGCACAAUAGAAUCUUCAUAGAGCACCCAAAUGGAUUAAUAAUUAUUCUUUACCAUGAUGAGAUUGAAGUCUGCAAUCCGUUGGGCACACAUGUAGGCAAGCACAAAAUCGAUCUUUAUUAUUAUACACUUGGAAACAUUGGCCCCAAAUAUAGGUCAAAGCUUUGUGCCAUUCGGCUACUGGCUAUUGUGAAGGCUAAAGAUGUUUCAAUGUACGGUCAGAAUAAGAUUUUAACCCCAAUAAUUAAUGACCUACAUACACUGGCAAAUGGCUAUACAUUUGUGGUAGGUGGAAAUUUUAUGGAGUUGUUUGGUGGCGUAGUCAGUUGCCUUGGUGACACCGAAGGGCAGCACCAGUGGGGAGGAUUCAAAGUAAAGGUUGGUUUUUCUCACCAGAAAUGUCGAAAUUGUUUAUGUACAUUUCUAAGCAUGCAAGAGAAUUUCAGGGCUAGCUGUUUUACUGAAAGAAACUUAGUCCAGUAUCGUCAACACUGCGAAGAUAUUGAAACAGCUCCAACAGAAGAAAGCAGGAAAAAUCUGGUGACCACAUAUGGAAUUAACGAAAGAAGUGUAUUGAGCCGCUUACCUCAAUUUGACAUAACGAAACAGCUUCCCCAAGACAUAAUGCAUGUCCUUUUGGAAGGGUCUGUUCAAUACGAAGUCCGCUAUGCAUUGCAAUAUUUUAUUGAUAAUGGAUCUAUAACAUUGCAACAAUUGAACAGUACGUUUUGCCAACUUAAGCUUGGGUACCAAGAUGAAGCUAACCGUCCUCCGCCUUUAAGAGAAACAGUGUUUAAUGGCCAAGAGAAAUAUAAACUGAAACAAACGGCUGAACAUGCUAGAAUCUUCUUGAAGUAUUUGCCCAUUUGUUUGAAGAACUUCGUUGCUAAUGACUGUCCGCAAUACCAGCUUAUAUUGCAGAUUUCAUUGAUUGUUCAGAUCUGCUUUUCACCAGUCAUCAGUGUUGAAACUAUUAAAGAAUUGGAAACUUUAAUCGAAGCAAACCUCAUCCUCUUUAAGGAAGUGUUCCCAGGUGUGAAUAUUACCCCCAAAAUGCAUUAUAUGCUCCACAUACCGCAGCAAAUUGUGUAUCUUGGUCCACUUGUAAGGCACUGUUGUUUACGUUUUGAAGCCAGGCACCGUUAUUUCAAAGACCUGGCUCCACUACAGAACUUCAAGAACAUUUGCCUCUCUUUGCAGAGCGAUGCCAGGUUGAUGAAUGUGCAGACUUUGAAACCCAAACACCCUGCCAACACCCGUUAUUUAAGUCCGAAAAGGUUAUUGGUCCAUCCAGUAUGGUGACAGAUAUGUUGAAAGCCCACUUUUUUCAACGAAUUACUGACUGCUUGCUUUACGCCAAUCCUGAAAGUUUGACCAACGUUUUUACAUGUAAGUGGAUUCAAUUGCACGGAACAAAAUAUGUUCCCAAUAAGGGCUGUAUCAUUGCAGUUGAUGCUACUUUUACAAGCAUGUUGCCCGAAUUUGGAAGAAUUCAGAGAAUUUGGCUUGCAGAUGAAGAUACUAUAUUUGAAUACACACCUUUGAAAACAGUUGAAUUUAACGAUGGCCUUCUGUCUUAUGAGGUUGAAGAUCCUGGAGAUGGUGUUCCAACAAAGUUCUGCUUAUACGCAAGUAUGUUGGAUUUUAACGUAUAUUCUACACUGAAACAGUUUGAUUCCACUUUCAUUCCUACUAAGUAUGACCUGAGGGAUCUAAUAAGACUUCAUGUUGUUGGGGAGAACCCCCUGCAUCGCUAAAUGCAAUUAUAUACUUUAACUUUGAACUGAUACAGAACUAUACUGUAGUUAAAUCGUUUAUUAUAUACAGCUAGUAUAGGUCGCAUAAAAUUGAUCAUUCGAUCACAAAGCGUAAUCUAAGAUUAGUUGGGUUUGUACAAUAGAAUUAUAGUAUCAGUUUCAUGUUGGAUUCUAUACAC